UUUUUAUGCCGUCAAUAAAUUACUUUAUUACAUUCCUUUUGAUAAACGGAAAAUUUCAAGAUCGAGAAAAAGUAUUUAUUUGAUAAUUCUCUAGUUCCAAGGUGAUACGAGUUAAACCAACAAACAUAUGUUGCUUGGUGAAAAUAAUUGAAAUCAACAAGAGAAAAUGGAAAACGCAACAUUCUCUAUUGAACAUUCAACUAACUUUCGAUUUUUUUCCGUUUGUCAAUACAUUACAAGCUUUGGAAUAUUUUUUUACAAUCAGAGUCUAAUUCCUCUGGAAUAUCGAAAUCAUUCCGUCUCUGUUCUAAACACUCUCUUUGAUUAUCUCCACAAUGCGGAAAAUGAAUCUUUAUCAAAACUUGAACUUCUUCAAAGAGUGUUGGCUGGAAGUGAUCUGUACGGUGGGGGAGAAAAUGAAACACUUGACAUGAAAUAUGUAAACGAAUCUUACCAUUACAUCAUUAGUAGUGCUCUAUUCUUUGACGAUAAAUACAUUAAUGGAUAUUUGGCACAGAUGUUCAGUACAGCAGAUAAUCUAACUUAUAUUGCAUUUAAAAACUUCGUUUAUCAACAUUUUUCUGAACAGUUUUUGCCCAAAGAUUUUUGUUCGUCAAGAAAGGAAAAAAUAAAUUUAACAUCCUUGAUAAUUAAAAAAGUUUUUAAUGAAAAUAUUUGGUCAAUGUUUCCCGAACCGGAGGGAAACCCUGAAAUAAUGGAUAUUAAUUACAUAUACGCAAUUAUUGGUUUAAAAAUCGCCCGUUCUGUUCAAGCUGAUCCUGUGAAUUUAUCAUUUGAAAGUUAUUAUCAUUUGGGGCAAGAAAUUAAAUUUGGAAAGUUUGAAAUGGAAAUAUUUCAAGAUGUUUUGGAAUUAUUUAAGACACCAGCUUUAUUUUAUUAUGCCUCUAAACAGAAAGAUCAAUUUCGUAAAGACUUUAAAGCAAGUACGUCUAGGGGAGAUCAAUCUUUGUCGAAGGCAUAUAAAAUGUUUUUUAUAUUCUUCUACUUGGACUAUGGGUACGACUAUGACCAAGUAAAUAUAGAGUUUCUCACUGGUUUGGAAUUAAUGUCCGACAUCUUUCAGAUAAAAGAACGAACAUUAAUUGCUACCGAAUUACUUAAAGAUGUUUGUGAAUAUUCAAGUAAUCAUGAAGUUCCUUCAGUUUUUGUGUCAAUUUAUAAAACUUCUCAAUGGUUACUGAAAUAUAUUCUACCGAAGCGUUGUCAAAAAAUCGAUCUUCCUAAUUUAGAAACUAUCUUUAAUUCUCAAUUUGAUAACAUUAAAAAGUUAAGUAACGAACUCCUAAAGAUGAAUCUUAGAAAGGUAUUUAAAAAUGAAAAAUUGAUCGUUGAUAAGAUUAAUUUAAAUUCCACUGUUAAGUUUGCUAAUGCUGUGCCUAAAUGGACCAACUGUUCUUCCUGCGUACCAAUAGAAAAUAAAAUAAAUGAAGACAUUCUGAUUAUUUUCGCCGUUAUAAUGAACAAUCAGACAGAUUUUUAUGCCCUUAAUAUGAUUGAUGGUUCGAUUUUACUUUUAAAUAGAGAAAAUAAAGAAAAAUUUUCUAGAGAAAUAGCUAACGAUACCUUCUCAGAAAUAAAACUUCAAACAUUUGGAGAAUUUCUUAAGAAACAUGAUGAAGAUUUUAAUGUUUUUAUUCAAAGAUUAGCAAAUGUGGCAACAGAACAUAAAAUAAAUAAAUUUAUGUCAGUUGCCAGGAAUCCAACAAUGAUUGAGGAAAAAGUAGAAUUCUUAAAAUCAUUACUGCCACUUUAUACUUGUAUGGAAAGUAAAAAAUCCGGAAACAAAGGAAGAAUAUUAUUGAGUUGUGGUCUAGAUGCUCUUAGUCUUCUACGCAUAAAAGUUAAAGAUAAAUACUUAAAUAUUACAUGGAAUAGUUUAAUUGCUUACGCAGUUAAACAAAUUUCGUCCGUGUUUAAAAAAUUAGAAUCACUAAAUAGAAAUGAGAAAAACAAUACAUUUACUAUUAAGGGUAGUAAAAUUUCAGAAAAAGAGAAAAAAUUUGCUUUAACUAGAAAUUUCGCAUUACCUCUUCUAAAAGAAUUAUUGCUACAUCCACCGCAAGUGUUGAUUUUUGGUUCUGAACUGUCUUUCGAUGUUUUUGGAUCCACUAAUCGUCAACUUCGAAAAAUGAUACUUGACCCAUCAACGGAUUUAAGAAAUCUUUCGGAAUUUAAAAAUUUUCUAUCAUUAGUGGAAUUCGGAUCAAGUAUUAUCAUCAACAAUACAAAAUUGCUGCCCGAUAAUACUGGACUUAUACCUAAAGUUCUUGAAAACGGAAAGAAUUAUAAAAUCGUCAGAUACUUUUAUCCCGGUGGAUCUCACCAUUUUGGACCAAAGUGCAUACUGUCAUAUGGAAAAUUUGCAGAAAUUAGAAGAACUAAUUCAAGGGCCAAACCUAUUGCAUUCGUGCAAAUAAAAUCUAAAGGUCGAUUAAGGUUGUACUCUGCAUACAAUUGGACCAGUGGUACAAUUGGAGACAGCAAAUUCCGUCUAAACAGAAAAGGUUAUCUCAAAUUGAUUCUUUGAAGUUACAAUUUUCAAGAAAUUAUAUAACACUUGUAUUGGCAUUGUGAUGAGAAAAUAAAAACUUAUAAAAUA